CACAGCAGCCGAGUGUGUCAUGCCUGAAGUGAGUGGGCUGAAGCGGCCAGCCUUCCACUCAUCCUGCCUCUCCUACUCUCGCUCCCUCUCCUCGUCUACAGGAACACCUCCUCUUCGUCCUUUUCUUCCCAUCUUCACCCUCUCUCCUUCUUUUCUCUUCUUUUCCUCCAUCCCUCUCGUCUCUUCAUUACCUCCUCUUCUCACUUCCUUAAGAUGGAGAACGAGUCGGAGAUCUUCUGGGAUGGGCAGGGCAGCUCGCAGAAGACAAUCUGAAACUCAGCAGCAGGCCUCAAAUCUAGCCUAAAGUAGACCGCUCAAUCGACUCAGGAUUUAAAAACCUCACAUCUUCAGGAGUCUCAGGCUGGACCCCAAUCUGCACUUGACCACCGCUGGACCAGGAACACGCGCGGGACCGGCCCGGACAGACGAGAAGACAUCUGUCAAGGCUGUCGGAAAAGUUGGAUGGGACUGCUGCCGAUAGCCACAUGCCUCUGAGUCCGGCUGCUGACACCAAACAUGAUCGCCCACGGCAACAGGCGGUUACUAACGGCAACCCGACAGGUUCUGCUGUUGCCAGGGACGACGACCCGGACGACUCUCCCUCUGGAAACAGCAUCGUCGUCCGAAUCGGAAUCCCUGACCUGCAGCAGACGAAGUGUUUGCGGUUGGACCCAGAGUUACCGGUCUGGACCAGCAAACAGAGGGUUCUGGUGACGCUCACUCAGUCUCUGUCAGAUGUGUUGAACUACGGUCUCUUCCAGCCGGCGUUCAACGGCCGAGCUGGAAAGUUUCUGGACGAGGAGCGGCUGCUGAAGGAGUAUCCCCUCCCCCCUAUCACUCCCAUCCCAUACCUGGAGUUUCGUUACAAGAGGAGAGUUUACACGCAGAGUUAUGUGGACGACAAACAGCUGGCCAAGCUGCACACCAAGGCCAACCUGAAGCGCUUCAUGGAGCAUGUCCACCAGAAGAAUGUGGAGAAGGUGUCCAAGUGGUUGGAGAAAGGCCUGGACCCAAACUUCCAUGACUCUGACAGCGGGGAGUGUCCCCUCACGCUGGCCGUCCAGUUAGAAGAAAGCUGUGAUCUGAUUAAAGUUCUGCGCAGUGGCGGUGCUCACCUGGACUUCCGCACCAGAGAUGGGAUCACGGCACUGCACCGGGCCGUCCUCUGUAGGAACAGCUCAUCGCUCACUACCCUGCUGGACCUCGGAGCAUCACCUGACUAUAAGGACAGCCGAGGUCUAACCCCCCUCUAUCACUCUGCCAUGGUAGGUGGCGCCCCCUACUGCUGCGAGCUGCUCUUACAGGAUCACGCCACCAUAGGAAUGACUGAUGAGAAUGGGUGGCACGAAAUACACCAGGCAUGUCGCUAUGGCAACGUGCAGCACUUGGAGCACCUGCUGUUCUACGGGGCUGACAUGGGGGCCCUGAAUGCAUCAGGCAACACUGCCCUGCAUCUGUGCGCUCUCUACAACCAGGACAGCUGUGCGCGAGUGCUGCUCUUCAGAGGAGCUAACAAGGACAUCAAGAACUACAACAACCAGACAGCCUUCCAGGUGGCGAUCAUCGCCGGGAACUUUGACCUUGCAGAAAUCAUAAAGAUCCACAAGACCUCCGAUGUUGUAGUUCCCUUCAGAGAAGCACCGUCCUACACCAAGCGUCGCCGCAUGGGUUUGAUCCGAUCCUCGCCAGGAAACGGCCUGGCCUCGCCCCGUUCUCUGAUCCGGUCGAUCAGCGACAACACUCUGGACAGCCCCGCCUCCUCACCUGGACCCUCCCUGCAGAGCCUGGAGGCCCACCUUGAUACACACACACACUCCCUUCGCAGACACACGCGGCGACUCAGCCCGGGUGGUCAUGUAGAGACCAGCCCCCCGCCCUCCCCUCCCCACACCCCACAGAUGAGGAAGAGGAGGCUGUAUAGUGCAGUGCCAGGUCGAACCUUCAUCGCCACCCGGUCGCACGUCCCUCAAGGGGCAGGAGAAAUCCAGCUUCACCGUGGAGAGCGAGUGAAAGUUUUGUCCAUCGGUGAAGGAGGAUUCUGGGAGGGAACUGUGAAAGGGAGGACUGGCUGGUUUCCUGCUGACUGUGUGGAAGAAGUCCAGAUGAGACAGUAUGACCCGAGAACCGAGACGAGGGAGGACCGCACCAAGAGACUGUUCAGACAUUACACUGUUGGAUCUUACGACAACUACACCUCAUACAGUGACUAUGUGAUCGAGGAGAAGACGGCUGUGCUGCAGAAGAGAGAGAGCGAGGGAUUCGGCUUCGUCCUCAGAGGAGCUAAAGCUGAGACACCAAUCGAGGAGUUUGCGCCUACACCAGCAUUUCCCGCUCUUCAGUACCUGGAGUCUGUUGACCAGGGGGGAGUGGCCUGGAGGGCGGGGCUUCGGACAGGAGACUUCCUCAUAGAGGUGAACGGCACUGACGUUGUGAAGGUGGGGCACCGACAGGUGGUCUCUCUCAUCCGUCAGGGAGGAAGUCGCCUGCUAAUGAAAGUAGUUUCCGUCUCUCGGAAGUCUGACGCAAACUUGAUCAGGAAGAAAGCUCCGCCCCCUCCCAAGAGAGCUCCCAGCACCUCGCUGACCCUCCGAUCCAAGUCCAUGACCGCGGACUUAGAGGACAUUGCCAGGAGGAGGCGCUAUGAAAAAUUAGAUGAAAUGCUGGCAGGGCACACGCACGAGGUCAUUCUACGCUCCAGACCACCAGAUGACUUCAGAGCCGCGACUGUGAAGCAACGUCCAACAAGCCGGAGGAUCACACAGGCGGAGAUCAAUUCCCUGUUUGAGCGCCAAGGUCUGGUGCCUCCCACAGCUCCAGAGAAAAGCACCAUGGCUUUACCCAGAGGAAUGUCUAGAACCAAAAGCUUUGGCACACCAGAAGACGACAGGAUAACUGCUCUGAUCAAUGAAAGUCGCUUUCCAAGGAGCUCAUCCCUCACAGACAGCUUCAUACCACCGCCCCCUCAGACUGCCCCGCCACCUCCGCCAUCCGCCUCCUCCACAUCUUCCCACUUUCUUCUUGACUCUGGACCUCCUCCCUCAUUUCUGCCUCCACCUCCUCCAGCUAGAGGGGAGGGGCUCACACGUUCCAGCUUCAAACCAGGGGCGGAGCCUAGGCUACAGGAGCUCUCAGAUUCCCCUGCCAGAAGUCAUGCCCAUGCUGAGCGGCAGAGGAAGGCAAGGUCCAUGAUAAUCUUACAGGACACGCCACCUCUACAGCCAGAGGCACAUGCUGCUGCCUCGCACACGCAUCACACUUCCACACUCACACUGCACACUGCCACACACACCGCCACACACACAUCAACACUGACUCUUCACAACACCAACUCCCCACUUGGUCACUCACCUGUAUCCCGUCGGAGAGGACGGGCAAUCGAAAAUCCAUAUGCUAACGUGGGCCAACAGUUGCCACCUACCAAACCUCAGAGGAGAAAGUCACCACUACUAAAACAACUUCCUGUGGAAGAGCAGGGACUUGGGAUCAAAGACCAUGAUGGAAAGCAGGACGGUGGAUUGGGCAGUCCAAGUCGGGCUGAGCUAUACCAGCAACAGGUACUAUCGGAGCGGGCGCGUGUUCAGGGCCGUCGGUCUUCCCUUUUCCUGUCAGUGGAAGGGGCUGGGUCUGAAAACCAGGUCCCGCCCCUUCUCACUCAAAGCCACUCUAUGGAUGACCUUGGGGAGCUUCCACCGCCUGCGCCAGUACUGUCCCCAUCGCCAACACCUCACACCUUCCUGCAUCCUUUGACAGGAAAACCUCUCGAUCCUUCAUCUCCACUCGCCCUGGCUCUUGCUGCAAGAGAACGAGCCCUCACCGCUCGAACUCCAAGUCCUGAACCGAGAUCUAAACACGCCUCGGCGUCAACCACCCCUAUCCCAACACCUGCUGCUAGCCCGGAAGGCAGACACAAGCGCACCCCUAUCUCCACCCCUCAGAGUAGCCCAGAACCACGGUCCAAACGUACCACCCCCCAAACCAGCCCAGAGCAAAGAACCAAACGCACCACUCCUCAGACUAGCCCAGAGUUGAGACACAAGCGCAUAACCCCGCCUCUGUUUCCUGACGGACAGGUGGAGCGCCCAGAGACAGAGGGUGGAGUGACGUCACCUGCCGCUCCGUCCCCUGAGCGUUGGAGGCCCGUGCCCCUGGCAGCACUGGGCAACGAGAGUCAUUCUGCUCUCAUUGACAGACGCAGAAGCCUCACAGUAGGUAGCUCGGAGGAGGAAGGCGGAGCUUACACAGUCACUCUUCCCCCAGCAUUGUUGUCGUCCAGCGACGAGGAAACAAGGGAGGAGUUGCGCAGAAUUGGUCUUGUGACUCCCCCACCAGCAUUCGCUAGUUCUCCCGCCCAUCCUCCGCCAUCCUCCCUUACCUUGUUGCCACGGCGUGUAGGAGAAGGCGGCGGCGAUAGUGGUCCUGACUCAUUAGGUCGACGAGGAGAUGAGGAAGAAGGAGCUGAGGAACGGCUCCAUGAUAGCUCCCCUUCCCCUAGUUCGCUGCCCCCCUCCAUUACACUUGCUUCCCCUCCGGCCCCAACUUCCCCUUCCUCUCCUCCCGCUGUACAUCCAGGCCAGUCGUCUUCCUCCACCUCUCCAUCAGGCUUCAAACCCCGCCUUCGAUCACCAAUCGGAAGAGGACGCACAGCUCUUAGAGACCCACUGCUGAAGCAAUCCUCCGACAGCGAGCUCUUACCGUCCGCUGCAUCCGCCUCCUCGCCGACUUCCCCUCUCUCUACUUCCCCCACGGGCAGUGGACGGCAGCCACGCUAUCUCUUUCAAAGGCGAUCCAAGCUUUGGGGCGGCGGUGAUGACCGUGGGGAUGAGCGGAGGGGUUUCAGCCCAGAAGAUGCAAGUAGUCGUCCAGCUGCACUGGGAGGUCAAAGUUCAGGAUCUGCUGUUGAUCUGACCAAUCGAUCUGCAUCAGCAUUGGAGCUCAGCGGAAGGGCAGGUUCUGGGCUGGAUCUAGCAAACAGGCUGCAGUUACUGAACAAAGACAGUCACUCUUUGGGAGAAGAACCAAGCCCCCUAGACCCAGGGCGGAGGUCUCCAGUAGGAGGAGCCAGGUUGUUCUCCAGUCUCGGUGAGCUGCACACAAUCUCCCAGCGAGGUUACGGUGCCAGCUACACCGUACGACCAGGGAGCCGCUAUCCUGUCACUCGCCGAAGCCCCUCGCCUUCCCCUUCCCCCUCAGAUAGAUCGAUGGGCCUUCCCUCGCCCUCUGCUCCCUGCUCUGAAAGGCCAGAUCUGAGCUCCGGUCGAGGCCUGACCAUCCUAAAGUCGUCCAGUCUCAGUCUCCCCUCGGAACCAAAAGAAGUUAGGUUUGUGAUGCGAAGUGCCAGCGCACGAACAAGGUCUCGCUCCCCCUCGCCAUCGCCCCACGCCUCUCCGUGCCCCUCUCCUGUGCUCAGUGGGCCUCUGCUUGCCCUCCGGCCAUGGAGACAACGUCCUCUUAACCUGUGGAAUAAGUAUGAUGUUGGCGAUUGGCUGGAGAGUGUGGGUCUUGCUGAACAUCGCCAGCGCUUCCAGGAACAUGAGAUUGAGGGAUCCCAUCUCCCCGCCCUGACCAAGGAGGACUACGUGGAACUGGGGGUCACCAGACUCGGACACCGGAUCAACAUCGAACGAGCACUUAGACAACUACUGGAUGGUUCCACUUGACCUCUUCCUUCUGACACCCAGAACUGUGACCUCAUUACACCUGACCUCGGGUCAGACUCUAGGCCAUCUCUCAUCGAGUAGGAAAUCUAAAUGGUGACAAAAUGCUUUAGACUUCACAAAAAUGAACCAGCGAUUGAAAUAAUCUCUCUCAUAUCAGCUCUUUGAUAGAUUUUUGUUGCUAUCUGUUUCGUGUACAAAUCAGUUUUGAUCAUCAUUCAUUUUGUGGACCAGACUUAGGACCAACAAUAAUGCAGGGUUCCAUAGUUAAGCUCACUGACUCUAUUUCCGGCCGUAGGUCUUCAUAAUAACUUUGAAUUUAACAAAAACAUCCAACAAUUACUAUGUCGAAAAAAGUGAAAGCGUUGGUUAUUCUACUGAAAACAGCUUCAAUCCUGCAAAUAUGUCCAGCAGUGUGGUCGUAUGGAUGCAGCAGGGAAAUACUCACGUGUGGCAGUGCAAACUCAACUCUGCUGAAAAAGGCGAGGUCCCUAAUAUCAAAGCAAUUCCAAGUAAAAGCAAUGAAAUAAGUUGCAGUCCGUUGUUUUUAUUAAAAUAGGGUUAAAACAGUGGGCCUGUCGGGUGAUGAAUAUUGGAGAAGGAAGUCUCAGGUAGACAGAAAGGAGCGUAUGACAACCAGUGAGGUUCUAGGAUGAGGAUGUGAAGACGAUUAAAAGGUUUGAAAAUCCAAAUUGCUGACCUCUAAAAAUAUUGGCGAUGACCGAGAAGCCCCAAAAGAUCAAGAGUAGCUAGAAUUGGCCCAAAGCUGAGCCAUAUGGACAAAAUUUUAAAGUCCACUGUGUAACAAUUUCAGUUGUUUAAAGUCCAAAUCUGUGUUAACCGUUCACAAGCGCAUCCUUUUUUAUCAAUAUUUACCACCACCAUCAAUUCCUAGUUGCCUAAUAUUGGCUUGAAAUCUUACUGUUUUCUAAACACGAACAAGGGAAGAUGCUUUGCGCCAUCUUGAAAUAUGAUGGCCGGUAAAGGGACAUGAAAUUGCGUGGCCUUUCGCCAAGGUUAUGUGUUAGUACCUAACACUUGAAGGCUACCGUCGCUGUUAUAUACCUACUUGGAACUGCGUGACGCAAGAGAGCAAUACGCAGUCUCAACACUAGAUGGGAGACCUUCUUACACAGUGGACCUUUAAUAUCUCUAUAUUCAGUCCAGAUAUCUCAAUAUCAAUACAAUACAAUAUGACUUUGGGUCCAGUGAAAGUAUAUUUCAGUAGAAGCAUAUUUUUCCAGGAUUUUUUCAGGAUGCAGUAAGUCAUUGGCUGGCUCCAGUUGAGGACCAAGGGCCACCAGUUCACAACAUGUAACCUUCAGUUCAGCUGAACCUUGUCAAGAGAUUAGCCACAGAUCUCUGGCCAUAUCGUACACAUAGCUUAUUCAUUCACUAUCACAGCGUAAGACUUUUUGAGUUGAUGCAUCCGAGGAAAAUUAUGAUGAGUGAAGAGUAAAAUUCCCUGCUGCUACUGUGAGGCAUCGGGACGACAAUCCGGAAUCUACGACAACGGCAUUGGGGUAGUUGUUUGCAUUAAUAGUUUAUACGACUAAACAGGGUCUUUGUUGCUGCUAGCUAAACAAAGGGCUAUUCAACGAUAAGCACAAACCUCUCAUCAGUCGCUGCACAUUCAGUAUUUCAGCCUGCUGGAGCCUGCAGAGGUCCUAAAAUGAUAAUGACAAGCUCUACAGAGACUGACAUAGUAUUUAAUCCAAGCAUAAAAUACUCCAUCCAUGAGAGAAAGAUACAGUGUGUACACAUGCAAAAUGAUCUGACGUUGCCUCGAUUGGUUUUUGCCCGUGUCUACUUUUUUGAAAAACGGAAUAUUGUGAUUGCGAAUGAAAGGAUUUUCAGGAUUUCAAAGCGACUGUGUCAGAAAUUGCUUUAAAAUGUAUAAAAGCACAAACCACAGCGAAAUGCAAAAAAAAAAAAGAAAUGGCUGUUCCAUAAUGUGCCACCAACACUUUUUGUACGUUCACAAAAAUAUAUAUAUUUACAGUAAAAUAGCAAAUGAUACAACGAUUUAGGCCGUUAUGAUCCUCAUUGUGCUGCUAGUUUGCUCAUCAUCAUCUCCGCUGUGGACGACCAAAAACGUAACUUGCUUGAUGAAAGAGCUGAUAUGAUGAAAAGAGAUUGUUUGGUCCUCCGCUGGGCCACGAGCAAUGGGAGUCUGUCUCAAAUAAGAAAACGUGACGACAGCUACGGGAUUCCUCUCCGUCCUUUUGGGGAAGUCAUUCUGCCUGAGCUAUUAUUUUCCUUCAAUCCUCAUGUAAACUUUGUGUUCAUUUUCAGUUCUUUCCUUUCUUGAGCUCAUUUAUGAAUAAGUAAUAAUGACGUGCUGGUGAUGACUUAAAGUUUGUGACCGUUUGGAAAAUGACUCUGAGUUCUUUAUGAUUUGACAAUGAGUUGAAUUCAAAGUCGUUUCGAUGACGCCCUGGAGUUCAUGAUGAUUUGUCAAUGAGUGUGAUGUCGUGCUGAUGUGCCGUGCGUUUCUCAGAGACUGUAAACCUCUCCGGUUUCUAACCGGCGUAUUGAGGGCUUACUGUACAUGGUGCUAUAUUUGAAGCCAUCUGUACAGACAACACCUUUCUCCUUUCAUUGACUCAUCUUCCUCCCCUCUUUUCUAUCCAAGCCCCUUAAUUCUUAAUGGAUCAGGCCAUUACCAAAACGCCAUAUUUGGACAAGCAACCUGCCAUAUUGAGGUUGUAAUCAGAGCCAUCUAUCUGUUGAGGGUCCUUCUGGCCAUGUUGCCUAAAAUCUUGCCAUUUAUUUUCCACUUAUACAACAAGGAUAACCGGCCCGACUUGCCAGCUCACGCACUUUAAACUCCGCACAAGCUUUUUACUAACAGUCACAGAAUCAAGAUUGUAGAACGCCAUCUUGAAUGUAUCCGAAAAGACAUGUCUACACCUCCAACUAAUAUUUUUAUGUGUGAAAUGCGGUUGAGCGAACCAUUCCAGUUAGUGCUUUAGCAACGCAAGGAGAAAGGCUUCAGUGCCACAUAAGCAGUUGUUUGCAUUGUACUGGAUAUGCUUGGAUUUAGGUGGAAGAUAUGUGCAAGUGACAUAUACAAAAAAAAGAGGGAAAAAGUAUUUAUUUUUAAGAACAUGACUUUUUUGACGGUAGAUUUGAUGAAACCACAUGAUUUGUAAUGGUUACAUCUUAUAUUUUGGCAGCCAGGCCACUGCCUUUGUGUGUGCACUGACGUGUUUAAUACAGGUUAAUACAAAUGUGUAAAACGAGUCUGAAAAAAUACAGAUCAAUGAAAAACAGUGGAACCACUUUUACCACUUGGUUAUAUAUAUAUGAGCAAAACUACAUCUAGAUAUCACUAUUAUAAUUCAUAUCCCGAGACAAUAAAAUAACUUUUCACUGACAUCUCUGACUUGAGUGUGGCAUCACACACACAGUUGCCACAAGCCUCUGAGAAGAUCUUCAUCAACCGAACAUUUGAAGUUCAUCCAGUUUAGGAUGGGUGUAGUGUGCAUUAAGGUUCAAAAAUAGACUGAAAAUAAGUCAUAUGUCUUGGAUGGAAGGACCAGACUUGGUCAGGCCACCAAUUGUGAGAGUGAUUUGGGGGACACACCACAGGGAAGGGCCUUUAUCAGCAGAAGGUAGUUGUCAUGGCCAAAAAAACCUGGAUGCGUUCACCUAUAUAAUACCGGAUCCCUCUUCAAAUGACCUCCACAAGGUCAGUGUUUUCUAUAGCUAUGUGGCCACACUUGAGGACUUUUGACUUUCAUCCUGUUUCAUAUUUGUCAAGCAUGCAAUACUGAACAUCAUAAAUGGGAUUUUGGACAACACCGAUUUCUCAAAUGGGUUCUGGACUUUGGAAACGCAAAGUCUUGAGAACAGCCAUGGCUUCGAUGAAUCAGGAGCACACGUGAGAGCGUGAGUGCAGGUGAAUUAGCGAGUAAUGAAGAUAGAAAAUAACGUACUCCCAGUGGUCCUGUUCUUGACAAUACCAACUGAAAACAGGUGGGGCGACCCGGCUACCUUUGCUGUCCUACAACUACUUUUUAGUAAUUAGAUUCACUUGUUUUAUAGCACUGGUUGCCAUGUGAUAAAGUGGAUGUUCCCACAGAAUUCAACUCAAAUUGAUAUACAUUCAUAACACUUACAUGCAGCAGCCUGACGGAGCUCCAUGCCACCUUUGCUCCACACAGAACUUGUUUCAAUAUAAGCAGCUGGGAGACGUGUGCUGCACAGCUGGGCAAUUUCUUUUUUUUUUUUUUUUUUAAUGGACACCAUUUUACAUUGUGCUGCUGUUGUGCUGCUCAGUGGAACAAAUGGGCGUCAUGUUGACAAGUGACAAUGCGGGGCUAACAAUAAGGUAGUCAUCCAUUUCCAGGCAGUUCAAAAUAGCCAAGACUUAAUUUCCGAUCACGAUUCCAAAUCAUCCUAAGUCAUCCUGAUGACAACACCAGGGGGUUGCUACGCAAAGCACAUCUUGGGUUACCAUGCCAACCAUUCAGCUUCCACUUACUGAGUCACCCAAGAAUUAGCUUCUUUCAACUUCCUGGCUUCCUCUUUUUACACUCUAUAGCUCCUUUAGAGUGAGUGGUGUGCGAGUGUGUGGUGUACUUUCCCGUCUUUUUUUCUAAAACCUUAAGAGCACACGUUGACAACCUGAGAGCUCUGCCGUGCAACAGAUUGUAACCUUUAUAAUAAACUGUCAUUUAUUACAAACUUGA